UAAACCAAACCAAAAUAAUUACCAAAGAAACUAAAAUUUAAACAAGUUAAACACCCAACGAGCAUUCAGGGACACAACUAGCAGUAUUAAAUGCUUAAUUACAAUAUUAAUUCGAAUUAAAAUGUACUCAAGGUUAUAGUUUAAGAUCAACGUUAAAUUAUAAUUGUUGUUGAAACAUUUUCCUGUUCUUCGAGUGAUUCCUAAGAAGUAUUAAAACAAAGUGAAGAUGUCAGAAGAAGGUGCCACCACACAGGAUGUUAAGAAACCCAGAUCUGCACUGGGCGUGCGACACGCACAAUGUGUGAUGCUGUUCUUUGCGCUUGUGCUGGCGUUUGCGAUGCGCGUCAACAUGAGCAUGGCCAUCGUCGCUAUGACUGACAAGACGAAGGAGGACUCGUUCGAGUGGAGCAUGCAGACACAGUCGGUGAUUCUGUCGUCGUUCUUCUGGGGCUACGUGGUGCUGCAGAUCCCGGCGGGUGAGCUGGCGGCACGCUACGGCGGCAUGGUGCUCAUCACCGCAUGCAUCGCCAUCAAUUCCGCCGUCUCUCUGCUGAUCCCUAUCGGAUCCCACUAUGGCGGGUGGCAGCUGGUGUGCGUGUGUCGCGUGGUGCAGGGUCUCUUGCAGGGCUUCCUUUUCCCCUCCAUGCACAACCUCAUUGGCAAGUGGGUGCCGCUCGAGGAAAAGAGCCGCCUCGGAACAUUGAUUUAUGCCGGUGCUCAGUUCGGCACAGCACUGCAGUUGAUGGCGUCGGGCUUCGUCGCAGAGUAUUGGGGCUGGCCGGCCAUCUUUUACAUGAAUGGUACCCUGGGCGCCGUGUGGACCGUUGUCUACGUUUUCCUCGGCGCUGAUUCCCCGCAGACCUCGAGGAUGAUUAGUGCCGAGGAGCGACUCUACAUACAGACAUCUUUAGGACAUGUCGGUGGUCAGAAGAAACUGCAAACUCCAUGGAAGAAAAUCUGGACGUCGCUAUCUUUUAUCUCCCUGAUCGUGGUCCACUGCGGCCAGAACUGGGGCUUCUGGACCCUGAUGACGGAGAUGCCCUCUUACAUGAGCCAGGUGCUGGGAGUGGACAUCAAGGCGAACGGUUUGAUGUCGGCACUGCCCUACCUGGCUAUGUAUCUGUGCAGCUUCCCGCUGGGCUUCAUGUCCGACUACAUCCUAAAGAAGAAGUGGCUCAGCAUCACUGCUUGUAGAAAACUUUCCAACUCUAUUGGUCUGUUCGGUCCCGCGGUGGCGCUGGUGGGUUUGUCGUACGUACCGGCGGGCAAAAUCACGCUCGCAGUGGCGCUGCUCACCAUCGUCGUGGGUCUCAACGCCGGACACUACACCGGAUUCCUGAUUGUACACAUCGACAUGGCGCCGAACUUUGCGGGCACUCUGAUGGGCAUCACCAACUGUCUAGCCAACAUCAUCUCCAUCAUCGCGCCGCUCGCCGCCGGCGCUAUACUCAAGGAUGAGACGGAUCCCAAUGAAUGGCGAAAAGUGUUCUACGUGUCGUCUGUCAUCUACAUCGUAGCCAACGUCUUCUUCAUCAUGUUCGGCACCAGUGAACGGCAGGAAUGGAACGAGCCCCUCGAAGACUCAAAAGUCGAUUCCAAUGUUUCAGAUACGAGUUCGGAAAAUAAAACAGAGAAGGUUGUUUGAAGGAAUCAAAAGUGUUACAUUACAUUUUUGUACCUGAUUGUAAAUAGUAGACACUUUAGUGAGAGCAAAAUGACUAUGUUGUAAAAUA